AUGGCGUCUGUUAAAGAGCUUCUUGUGGAUUCACUGAAGGAGCUGGUAGAAGCUGAACUGAAGGAGUUUCAUUGGCGCUUAAUGAAUGCAUAUAAGUGUAUAUCAAAGUCUGAAAUGGAAAAGGCAGAUAUAUUCGACACAGUGGAAAAGAUGGUGGCAUGUUUUGGACCAGAAGGAGCUGUGAAGAUCAUGGUGGACAUCCUGAGAAAGAUGAAGCAGAAUGAUCUGGCUGAUCAGCUGGAGAAUGAACACAAGCAAGCUGAUGAUGAUGGGGGUAUGAAGACAUCUGUCCCUGUUGGAGAACUGCAAAACUUCUUGAAAACUCACAAAAACAACAUGACAAAGAAAGCUAAAUUUAUUUUUGAGGGCAACAAAGACAAUGACACAGAUUUCAAGACUGUUUACACAGAGCUGUUCAUCACAGAGGGAGAUAUGAAAGAUGUAAAUCAUGAACAUGAGAUUCUGAAGAUUGAUAAUACUUUCAGGAACAAAAAAACACAGGACAAACCAAUCAAAUGCAAUGAUAUAUUUACUGAACUGAGAAAAAACAAUGAGGAGAAGAUUGUGCUGACCAAGGGAGUCGCUGGCAUUGGAAAAACUGUCUCUGUGCAUAAGUUCAUCCUGGACUGGGCAGAAGGAAACACCAAUCAGGAUAUAGACUGUGUGUUCCUGCUUCCAUUCAGAGAGAUCAAUGUAAUUAAAGACAGAGAGGUCAAUCUCCAUGAGUUUCUGCUGAAAUUUUAUCCUGAACUGAAGGACCUGGAGAAAUCAAAGUUAUAUAAGAAAUGUAAGCUAGCGUUUAUAUUUGAUGGACUUGAUGAGAGUCGCCUGCCAUUGAACUUUAAAAGUGACACAUUGGAAACUGUUGAGGAAAGAGCAUCUGUAGAUGUGCUGUUUACAAGUCUGGUCAAAGGUAAGCCCCUUCAAUCAGCUCUUGUGUGGGUGACAUCACGACCAGCAGCAGCCAAUCAGAUCCCUCCUCGGUUUGUGGGUUUGUUCACAGAAGUGCGAGGAUUCACUGAUGAACAGAAGGAGGAUUACUUCAGAAAGAGAAUCACAGAUGAGACUCAGGCCUCCAGAAUCAUCUCGCAUAUUAAGACGUCUCGUAGUCUCUACAUCAUGUGCCACAUUCCUGUGUUCUGCUGGAUCACAGCCACAGUACUUCAGGAUAUUCUUAUCAAGAACAAUACAGAGAACAUCAGCACAACACUCACUGAAAUGUACAUUCACUUCCUGCGGAUACAGAUGGACAUGAAGAAUCAGAAGUAUGAUGAAAAAGAAGAAAGUGAAUGUACAGAGCACUUAAAAUUAAAUAGAAAGAUGAUUUUGAAGUUAGCUAAGCUAGCAUUUGAACAGCUGAAGAAGGAAAACAUUGUGUUCUAUGAGAAAGAUCUGAAAGCAUGUGGUAUUUAUGUAAGUAAAGACACUGAGUUCACAGGAAUGAUCGCUGAGAUCUUUAGGAUGGAAGAUGGACUUUAUAAGACAAAGGUCUUCUGCUUUGUGCAUCUGAGUGUUCAAGAGUUCCUCGCUGCAGUGCAUGUGUUCAUCUGUUACCUGAAGAAGAACAGGCGAGAGCUUCGGUUUUUCUUUGAAGAUUCACAAACUACAGCCAGACAAAAACUUCAGUUCUUCUUAAGAAAUGUCAAAUUCCAUGACUUAACAAAGAGGACCACUGAUAAAGCCAUGCAAAGUAAGAGAGGACAUCUGGACCUGUUCCUGCGGUUUCUGUUGGGCAUUUCACUGGUAUCCAGUCAGAACCUGCUCAAAGGCCUGAUCACACACACUAAAGACACCAGUGUGAGCAUCAGACAAACAACUGAAUACAUCAAACAAGUACAAAACAAGAAUAUCACAGAUGAAGCUUCAGUCAACCUAUUCUACUGCUUACUUGAGCUGAAAGAUAAUUCAUUAUAUGAGGAAAUCCAGAGUUACCUCAGUUCAGAUGAACAUCCAGGAAGAGACCUCUCAUCUUCAAUGUGCACAGUACUGACCUACAUACUGCUGAUGUCAGAGAAGGUGCUGGAUGAGUUCAAACCAAAGAGGUUCACGUCAUCUUCAAACUACACAAGACUCGUUCCAGCUGUGAGAUGCUGCAGAAAAGCCCUUUUUGACGGCUGUGGUCUUGAUGAAAUAUGCUGUGAAUCUGUGUCUUCUGCUCUACAAUCGUCAAACUCUCAUCUGACAGAGCUGGACAUGAGUAGCAAUCACCUGCAGGAUUCAGGAGUGAAGCUGCUUUCUGAUGGACUGAAGAGUUCACACUGUCAACUGAACAUACUGAGGUUAUGUGGAUGUAAUCUCACUGCUCAGUCCUGUGAGAGUUUUUCUUCAGCUCUACAAUGCUCAAAUUCCCAUCUAAAUGUGCUGGACCUGAGUAGCAAUUACCUACAGGAUUCAGGAGUGAAGCUGCUUUCUGAAGGUCUGAAGAGUCCAAACUCUAAGCUGGAGAUAUUGAGAUUUUCCAUCUGUAACCUCACUGCUCAGUCUUGUUGGAGUUUGUCAUCAGUUUUUACAAUCAUCAAGCACCUGUCUCAGAGAGCUGGACCUGAGUAACAAUGACCUGCAGGAUUCAGGAGUGAAGAUGCUUUCUG